AUGGCCAGUUCAAGCGGUCCAGGUGCUCCGUUCGAGGAGACCGAGCGCAUCAAGCUGGUCCACAAGAUUACCGACGCAGUAACCACGUUGCCGUUCUUCAAAGCCGAUGCGAUAAAAAGCUUCAAAACCUUUUACGCGUGCUUGUGGCUUGCCGAUAUGGAGAAGCUACAAUAUUUAAUUGAUCGACAUCUCCCAGAUGGGCCGCAUUGGCCUAUUGAGAUCUAUGACAAGUUCUGCCGCGUUGGGGCCGAGGGCAAAAUAGGUCAAAAUUGGCAACAAAAGGAUCGACAGGAGGAAGCUGUUGACUCGCGCAAAGGAUCAUGGGAAUACAUGGACUCGCCCAAUGGGAAGAGGCCCAAAAGACAGUCUGCAGAAGUUGCAUGCUGCGACCGUGAUAAAGCCUGCAUUCUGACAAAUUGCAGCAAGGACAUCUGCCAGCCGUACCCUUUAUAUCCCUAUUGGAUGAAUGAUGAGAAUAUGGAUGACGUGCAACAUUUUUUCGCUGCUCUGAGAGAGUUUUGGAGUGACAAAAAGGUACACGAAUGGUAUAAUGCCAUUUAUGGAGACGGCUUUGGACCUGAAAAGCCUGAGAAUCUCAUACUCCUCAGUCCAAAUGCAUAUGCGCUAUACGCCAAGGGGUACAUUGUCCUUGAACCUGUCAACAGAGAUGCAGAGGGCAAGUGGCUCACACUUAAGCUUUGGUGGCUCCAGCAACAUGAAGGUGACUGUGUCUACUUUAGUAUUAUCCCGCAACUUCCAUCAGAUAUCCACCCAUCAGACUACGGUGCUGCUCUGCAUGAUAUCCGCAAUGAUCGUCCACUCCUCUCUGGUGAGACGAUCACCCUUGAGACACAUGAUCCGGAGAAUUAUCCUCUCCCAGAUACACGGAUCCUUGAAAUGCAGUGGGUCCUGAAUCGUGUGCUUGCGUUAAGUGGUACUGUGAAACCGAAUGACCUCGAAGACGAUGAGUGGCAUGAAGACUCAGAUGAGGAACUCAUCUAA